CACGUGAAAAGCAACAAAACAAACAUUUUCUCUCUCUCUCUCUCUCUAACUUUCCUCCCCAAACGCAUUUCAUUUCCCUCAAUUUCAAUUCUCAACAACCUCUCUCUCUCUCUCUCUCUGCAAUAACCAAAAUCCAGAUAACAAAAACCACAAACAAGCAAAAAACAACUAACAACAAAUCAAAAAAUCUAUCCUCAAAACGACACCGUAUCGUAUCCAUCAUAGAAACCACCGCCCAACUAUCAUCCAUCAUCCUCUGCCGCCCCACAUAAUCAUCACCCACCGUCCCUCUUUCUCAAGAGUCGAUGGAAGAAAUCAGAAACAACAAGAAUACGACGUCGUCUAGGUCUUCAUUCCUCAACCGUUCUUUUACGACGGUUUACACAAACAACGACGAAAAACCGCCACAAAAAACCCAAAACCUCGAACGCACCGUUUCGCUUCGCGGCAAUGUUGUUAAAAAGCUCUGUAGUGUCUUCGAACCACCAAAACCAUCUCAAGAACAAGGAUCACUUUUCAAAUCAAAAACCCUCAAAUCAACAGAAUCAACAUCGGGUUCAUCGCUAAAAUCUUCGAAAUCAAUUGAUUCUGUACCGGUUAUUAAAUUACUCGGUACAGAAGAUCGAAUUGUGGUCUAUUUCACGAGUUUACGUGGAAUUAGAAGAACAUAUGAGGAUUGUUACGCGGUUAGGAUGAUAUUAAGAGGGUUUAGGGUUUGGGUUGAUGAACGAGAUGUCUCGAUGGAUAUUUGUUAUAGGAAGGAAUUGAUGAGUGUGAUGGGUGAGAAGAGUAUGAAGAAUGUGACGUUGCCGCAGGUUUUUAUUCGAGGGAAUCAUGUGGGUGGUGCUGAGGUGAUAAAGCAGCUUUGUGAGGUUGGUGAUUUGGGGAAGCUUUUGGAGGGGUUUCCAAAGACGAAAGGUGGGUAUGUUUGUGAGAGCUGCGGUGGUGUUAGGUUUUUGCCGUGUGGGAAUUGUUGUGGAAGUAAGAAGAUUUUUGAUGAGGAUGAAGGGUUGUUGAAGAGGUGUUUGGUUUGUAAUGAAAAUGGAUUGAUUCGGUGUCCGAAUUGUUGUAUUUCUUGAGGAUUUGUUUCGAUGUAUGUGUGUAUUAGUAUAGUAGUUGGUGUUUUGUGCAAUUGCAGCUUGUUUAUUGAUGCGUGCUUGCAAGGUUUUAGGUGUUGUCGAUAAAUAAUUUGAUCAAGAUUGAUGAAUUUGUGUCGUUGUUGUUGUUGGCAGUGGCGGUGUUGAUGAUGAUAAGUCUUUGGUUAAGGUUAUCAAGGGUUUUAAAUAAAGGUCUGCGAUCUAGACAGCCGACAUGACCGAGACUGCAAUUGAGACCAUGUCAGCUGUCACAUGUCACAGUUUGUUGUAAUAUCGAGCAAGGAUUGCAAUGCAGCUGCAAUGUGACCAUGACUGCAAUUGAGACCACAUCAGCUGCCAUGAUUAUUUGUAAUAUCAAGCAAGGAUCGUGAUGUGACUGCAGUUCAAAACCUUGGUUAUAUCAAGAUUCAAAGCUCUCUUUGAAUUUUAUAUGGUUGGUGUUUACUUAUUUAUUUGAUAUAUAGGAUUUGUGUGAUGAGCUGAAGCUGACGGUGUUUUCAGCUCCUUGAACAUGAUUUUUGUUGUUCAAGAGUGUGCUUAUAGGAAUAAAUGGGUUUGAGUGUGUAUGUCUGUUGUAGUUCAUUCCUGAUGAGGGCUGAGGACUGUUUCUCAUCAAGGGAAUGUAAAUAUUUAGUGUUAUUAUGAUAUGAUCCCUUGUAGGGAUUUACAAAUAUUGAUCAUUGAAAUUUAUAUUGAGAGUGGUUUGUUACUUUGUUGUUUUAGUGCUUUAUUUCUAUAGUUGGUUUA